GCUGUAAUUGCAGCUGCGGGAGAAAUUGGAGCUGCUGUAGUCGGCGUGCCCCCCCUCCCCGACUGAGGAGAGCCACCGUCUCUUCUCUCGCUCUCCUCGUACACCUAUCGCCGGGAGCGGCGGCAGCAACAGUCCCUGAACCCACCGGCGCCUCUUCAGGCGGCCGCACUGCUGGUCAUUCCCUCAGUCCGGCAGCUGCCGGCGGCCCCCUGCCACUGUCCGGCUCCUCACUUCAGAUCGUCUGCUCCCUCCUCAUCCUCCCCCGGGACCCAACUCCCCACGGCCUCCCCACGGGUGGAGGACGACGAGGAGGAGACGAGAGUCACCCUCCCUCCAGGCGGCGCCGGCUCCCUCACCCGCGGGUGUGUCUUAUAAAUGGCGUCGGAAAGCGACACCGAGGAAUUCUUUGACGCCCCUGAAGAUGUGCACCUAGGGGGCGGCUACCCUGUAGGGGCUCCAGGAAAGGUUGUGAUUUCAACAUUAAAGAUUAUUGAAAGUAUUAUUGAAGAGAGUCAGAAAGUACUACAGCUUGAAGAUGACUCUUUGGAUUCCAGAGGAAAAGGACAGUCUGAUCAGGCUACUGCCAGUCCUAUCAUGGCUGGAACAGAUAUACCUGGAUUGUUAGCCGUAGAUCAAGUACUGCAGGAAGAUUCCCAAAAGGCAGAGAGUCAGGAUGUAUCUGAAGAAACUGAAUUAGAAUCAAAAAAAUGUUUUCCUUCUGAUGACACAUGUGACAAGCCAGUAGAUGAAACCACUAAGUUAACUGAAAUAAGUUCAACUGAACAACAGCUUAAUGUGCCUGAAACUGAAACAGAAGUGUUGAACAAGGAAGCAGUGGAAGUCAAAGAAAGUGAUGUUCUAGAACCUGCGUCCUCACACUCCUUAUCUACUAAAGAUUUUGCUGUUGUGGAAGAAGUUGCUCCUGCCAAACCACCAAGACAGCUUACUCCAGAACCUGAUAUAGUAGCUAGUACAAAGAAGCCUGUUCCAGCACGCCCACCUCCUCCAACUAAUUUCCCGCCUCCUAGACCCCCACCUCCAUCUCGACCUGCUCCACCACCAAGAAAAAAGAAAAUCGAAUUGGAGUUUGAGGCUCUUAAGGCACCUGAUCUAGAUGUUCCCAAAGAGAAUAUUACAUCUGAUACUCUCCUAACUACAAACAUGGCUUCAGAGAGUACAGUCAAAGAUUCUCAGCCUUCUCUUGAUUUGGCAAGUGCUACCAGUGGAGAUAAAAUAGUUACUGCCCAGGAAAAUGGAAGAGCACCUGAUGGGCAGACAAUAGCAGGUGAAGUGAUGGGCCCUCAGAGACCUAGAUCCAACUCUGGGAGAGAGCUUACUGAUGAGGAAAUUUUAGCCAGUGUAAUGAUUAAGAAUCUGGAUACUGGAGAAGAAAUACCUUUGAGUCUUGCAGAAGAGAAACUGCCAACAGGUAUUAAUCCUCUCACUCUACACAUCAUGAGAAGGACUAAGGAAUAUGUAAGUAAUGACGCAGCACAGUCAGAUGAUGAAGAGAAGUUACAGUCUCAACAAACAGAUACUGAUGGUGGAAGGUUAAAACAGAAAACGACUCAACUAAAGAAGUUCCUAGGAAAAUCAGUAAAGAGAGCAAAGCACCUUGCUGAGGAAUACGGCGAACGUGCUGUAAAUAAAGUUAAAAGUGUUAGAGACGAAGUGUUUCAUACCGAUCAAGAUGAUCCUUCAUCAAGUGAUGAUGAAGGAAUGCCAUACACAAGACCAGUUAAAUUCAAAGCAGCACAUGGCUUCAAAGGACCUUAUGAUUUUGAUCAGAUCAAAGUGGUACAAGAUCUUAGUGGUGAACAUAUGGGAGCUGUUUGGACCAUGAAAUUUUCUCACUGUGGCAGAUUACUUGCCUCAGCUGGACAAGACAAUGUAGUAAGAAUAUGGGCUUUAAAAAAUGCUUUCGACUAUUUCAACAAUAUGCGGAUGAAAUACAAUACUGAAGGACGUGUGUCCCCAUCACCUUCUCAGGAAAGUCUAAAUUCAUCAAAAUCUGAUACAGAUACAGGGGUAUGCAGUGGAGCUGAUGAAGACCCAGAUGAUAAAAAUGCACCAUUUCGACAACGGCCGUUUUGCAAAUAUAAAGGACAUACUGCUGAUCUCCUUGAUCUUUCAUGGUCUAAAAACUACUUUCUGCUUUCUUCUUCAAUGGAUAAAACAGUCAGGUUAUGGCACAUUUCCAGAAGAGAAUGCCUUUGCUGUUUUCAGCAUAUAGAUUUUGUCACUGCCAUAGCUUUCCAUCCAAGACAUUUGAAAUACCACACACAGAUACAUGUCCGAUCUACCAGAGGGCGCAACAAGGUUGGAAGAAAAAUUACUGGCAUUGAACCUUUACCUGGAGAAAAUAAGAUACUGGUAACUUCAAAUGACUCCAGAAUCAGACUAUAUGAUCUUAGAGAUUUGUCACUGUCCAUGAAGUAUAAGGGUUAUGUCAACAGCAGCAGCCAGAUCAAAGCAAGUUUCAGCCAUGAUUUUAGUUACCUCGUUAGUGGCUCAGAAGAUAAGUAUGUUUAUAUCUGGAGUACUUACCAUGACUUAAGCAAGUUUACUUCAGUGAGGAGAGAUCGUAAUGACUUUUGGGAAGGUAUUAAAGCCCAUAAUGCAGUUGUUACAUCAGCCAUCUUUGCUCCAAACCCAAGUUUGAUGUUGUCUUUGGAUGUGCAGUCUGAAAAAUCAGAAGGGAACGAUAAAGGUGAAGAUGCUGAAGUUUUGGAUAACAUGCCCUCUGGUAUUAUGAAGACAGAUAACACAGAAGUUCUUCUCUCUGCUGACUUCACUGGAGCAAUCAAAGUGUUUAUUAACAAAAGGAAAAAUGUAUCUUAAUUUGAAAUGACAUUUAAAAUAAACAUAUCAGUAAGUUUCUAUAUGUAUCAGAACUGAAAAAGAGUUAUAGUGUUUCAGGCCAACAUCCUUUUUUUAAUUUUUAUUGGAAGUUGUUCAAAUAUAAUAUAUUUUUUGAGAGGCAACGUUAAUGAUCUAGUAAACCCGAGACUGAUAGACUAGAAAGGAAUGUAGCUAGAAUAACAUUGCCAAACAUUAGGCUUUAUGUUUUGUUAUGUUUGUGUUUUUGUUAUAUAAUUGUGAACAUGCACAGGUUUCUGCAUGAAAAUAUAUUAAUAUAUUAAUCACAUGUGUGUGCCUUUUGGUUACAUGCACUAAAUCUAACAGAGUUAAAUUAUUUCAGUGGCUCUUUUGGCCUCUUACUGAGGGGGAGUGUCUUGUUUCUAGCUU